AUGGACGUGGAUCCAAAGGAUGGAGAACAAAGUAGUGAAGGAACUACUACAGUAACCACUGAAUCGACUCAAUCAUCUGAAUUGAUUUCUACUUCAAAGCCAAAAGAUGAGGAAGAGGAAUUUGAAGAAUUUCCAAUUUACAAAGAAUCUGAAGGUUGUUUUAAAAUUUUUAUGUUAAAUUUUUUGAUAAGAGGAAGGGAGAAAUAAUGGUAACUGGGAAUUUGUUGGGUAUAGAAUUUGAUGAGCAAAGACCAGAUUUUUAGGGAUUG